UUUUUCGAUAUAUUCAUCCUGCUAUACUUAACAGAAGUAGAGUGUUUUAAUGCAACCAGUUGUGUCUAUUUUCGGUCAAUUACUCGUAUCUGAGUGGUCAAAAAGACCACGAGCUAGCAUUUUAAAUUUUAUUAAUUGCUUCAAUCGAUAAAUUCAGAUCGUGAUGCUAUUUUGAAAGAGAUAUUCGAAUCCCAACACCAAUCUUCACAGCUUCAAAAAAUUUGAAUGAAAUAUCGAGAAAAUUCCAUCGCAAUGAAUAUUCAACAACUUGUUUCCAUCCUGUUCGCUUACACAUUAACACUUUGCACGAGCACCGAUAACUCAGCAGUAAAAUCAAGUACCAAAAUUUCUGAAAAGUUUCUGGUAGAUGGAGAAGCCACCAUAUUUAACCAUUUGGCAGUAGAUAAGUUUGGAAGAUGGGUAUAUAUAGGUGCACAAGACCAUCUUUAUCAACUAUCACCAGAUCUAAAAUUGCAAAUUAAAUAUACUCCUCAACUCAAUCCUUCAAAUUGUACACCUGACACUUCAGAUAAAAUUCCAUGCCGUCAUAAUGAUACCGAUGUAUUAGUAUUAGACUAUCAGAACCAGCGACUGAUAUCAUGUACUAUUUAUUCUACAGGCACAUGUCAUGCUCAUGAUAUUGGUAAUAUUUCUGAAAUUUUGACAACCGAUAAAACCGUUGUAGAGAACUUUUUAUUUAGACCACAUGUAACCUUCAUAGCUCCAAGUUUACAAAAAAACUCAUCCAUAACAUCACCUGUACUGUAUAUGGGCUUUGUAGAAAAUUUAUUCUAUUCCGAAGUACCAACAAUAAUCAUCAAAACAUUAGAACAAAAAGAUUUCUUAUUAGUUCCAGGACAAAACUCCACCCUCCAAUUAAAAACACAAGACUAUUCAUACAAUCCGAGAUUCAUUUGCGGUUUUAGUGUUGGAAACAUCAGCUAUUUUCUCACUAGUGAAAUACAACACAUCAGACCUGAAGACAAAUAUCGAAUAAGUGGAAAUACAGUUCAAGCAGGACACUUGAUCAAGAUACAGCACAAAGAUGACAAGUAUUUGUAUGAUGAGCUUUUUCUAAUUUGCGAUGAUAUCAAUAAGAUUAAAAACCUUUCUGAUACACUGUCAUUGGAUAUCACACAUGCCUGCAUAUAUGAAGCAAGCAGUGAAUCAGCAACAGAUUCACACAAGACAGAAGAGAAAAUAAUAUUCGCAGUCUUUGAUUUGUAUUUGAAGUCAUAUAGAUUUUCAUCUCGGAAUAGAGUGGGGUUUGCAGUAUGCAAGUAUGAUAUGAAUAAAAUACAAUCUGUAGAUCCUGAGAGUACUAAAAUUAACGGAGAUUUUGUAUUCUUACACGAAGGUAACACUAUGGUGACAGCAAUGGCAGUCACCACUGUUGAAAACCACACAAUCCUGUUCUUUGGUACAGAUCAAGGCCAUCUACACAAGGUGUCCAUAAGAGGAAUUAAUUCAGUCGAUAAUGAUACUGUAAAUCGCUAUCCAGAUACCAUAAUUGAUGAAGGAUCUGCAGUAAAUCCAGAUAUGCUGUUUGAUUCCCAACAAAAUUUCUUGUAUGUAAUGACAGAGAAGAAACUCGCCAAAGUGAAAAUACACAACUGUGACCAAUAUAACACAUCUGGCGCAUGCUUGAGUGCUAAGGAUCCAUUCUGUGGAUGGUGUUUUCCAAGCAAGACAUGUGGUUUGAAAACAGAAUGUACUCAAGAACAAAAUAAUACCAAAUGGAUGUCAUAUGAUAUCUUCAAGCACAUAACCGCAUUUUCAUAUUAUGGAUAUGCAUUUUUAAGAAGAUUAGAGUGGAAUGACACAAUCAAUUCAAUACAUUCUCAUCCACCUAUGAAUAACACAAUGAUAUGUGGCACGUAUAAGACUUGUAUUUCUUGUGUAACUUCCACUUACCCAUGCAGAUGGCAUGUGAAUAAACACCGGUGUACAGAUUCCACAACUUGGAACAACAAUGAUAUAGUAAUAGGAGGUAAUUUAGAUCAAUUCUAUUCUAAAAAGCCAUCUCGUACGUUAGAUAACAAAUAUCCAAGAGAUCCAUUGUACUGCCCACAAUUCUACACUUAUGACCCGUAUAAAUCAAAGUCUCAGUCUGAUUUGUACGAACCAAACAUUUACGUCGAUGUUCAAAACAAAACACUGCAAAACAUCACAGUGAAGUACAAACUCCCACAAGAUUUAAUCAAUGAAACAUUUUCAUGUGAAUUUGACUUUGAAGGAAACAAGACCAUACAGCCUGCAAAGGCACAAGUCGAUAAUACAUUCUACGCAGGUUAUGUGGAAGGACAAAUCACAUGUGGCAAUACGACAUUUGCAUAUGGUGAUCUGAGACCAAAUGUAACUGUUAAAUUGUCUGUUUUGCAGAAUGGAUCAAAACCUCUUGACAACCCGCUCAAUACAAGUGUGAUAUUGUAUAAAUGUACCUAUGGGGACAAUAAUCGCAAAACUUGUGUGCAAAUGAGGUAUUGCAAAUGGAAUACAGAAUCUAGUGUGUGUGAAUAUGUCAGUGUUAAUAACUCUGCAGGGAAAGAAGGAUUAAGUUUUCUUUGUCAGUAGUAUAUACCUACCUAACCUAAGUUAUACUAAUUUAAAUAGGUAUCUAUUAGAUAUUGUAUUUACUGUAUCAUUAAUCCAUUUUAUGUACUUAUAUGUACUCCAAAUUACAAAAUUUCAGAUCAA